UCUCAACAAUAAGGUAGUAUAUAAGUAGGAGGACUAAAUUAAUCAAGUGCAUCAAACAGAAGGCGUGAAGGAAAACAUGACGUGCCUGAGAAAGGUUUUUCGUCGUCGUACUUACAAAGAGCGUGCUCAACCGGCUUCUAGGGAAAAAUUUGGUUUGCUCGAGAAGCACAAAGACUAUGUCCAGCGCGCUAAGGCCUUUCACAAAAAGAAGGAAACUUUAGAGAAACUUAGAGAAAAAGCUGCAAAUAGAAACCCAGAUGAAUUUUACUUUAAGAUGACUAGAGCAAGACUCGUUGAUGGAGUUCAUACACCACAUGAAGCAAACGAGUACUACAUUCCAGUGCGAAAGCGUUCAAAAGCUUCUUCAAAAUCAAACAAGAUACAUGACAAGGAUAUGGGACACCUUCUUCAUAAGAUUCAGGAUGAGAAAAAGAAAAUUGAAAGGCUAAAUGCCACGCUGCAUUCUCUCGGUAUUUUCUCCACUAAGGAAAGGAAAACAGAUCGGACGAAUAAAGAGUUGAAAGAAAGCAGGACUAGACUCAGGGAGCUAGAGAAACUCUACACAGAUAAGACAAUGCAGGAGGAGACACAGAAAAAGGGUAGGAAGCGCAAACUAUGCGAAAGAAAGCGUUGAGAGAAUGAUGUCGUGACUAUAUAUUGAGCCGCUUCUUUAUUAUUUUUGCCUUGUACCAUUUAGCAUAAAGUUUAUUAGACUUGAUGUAGGUUUCAGAAUUAAAUUUUGUGUAGGUAAUGUCUAUAUUUUUUUGAGUGAUUCUUUGAGGUAAUGUCUAUAAAGUUGGAUUUGAGUGAUUCUUUGAGGAUAAUUUGGUUUGGCUAGGUAAUGUCUAUAUUUUUUUAAAAUGGUUAAUGGAUAUUUAUAUAUUUUUUUUA